AUGGGGGGUUCAAUGGGCUUUCUUGGAAAAGGGGUACCACCGACACAGAUGAUGAACAUCGUAAUGGGUUCACUCUACAAACAAUUCACCAAGAAAGCUAUCAACAACUUCGACGAUUUCCACGUUGCUGUUUUAGACAUCUUCAACAACUUCAACUCGGCUUUACCAGGACGACACUUUGAUUUCCCGACCCCUGACGAAAUAAAGGCUUGUUUCACGCGGUGGAAAGAAACUGAAGACGAAGAAGAGAAGAAGAAAGUGUUCACAGAACUCAUUGCAAAGAAAGUGAAGCCAAGUAAACUCGAUGACGUCACUAUGAUGACCGGAAUAGCAUCUCCUCCGGCGGCUAUGGCGGCUAAGAGAGCAGGAGAGAAUGUUCCUCAGCUAAAAUUCAUCAAACUCAUACCUGAUGUUAUAUUCGUCCCUACUGUCACCAUUAUGGCCAUUGUCUCUGCUAAACUCUCAAGAAGAAUGUAUUUGAAAUAA